CGUAUUUCCGCUUUUAGCUAAGCAGCCGCGGUUUGGUGUCGAUGGUGUCCUCGCUGAAUGGGAAAAAAAAGAGAACACUUAAAAGUGAACAGUUGAAGACAGACGACGACGCAACAGCGCAUUAAAGAUCCCGGAAACGUGUCGACAGCACUCGGUUCAACCUGCAUAAAAGCUAAAACGGUUUCCGGAUCGAUUUGCCUCACAAAACAACGUUACCGCUAUGGCCAAGGUACAAGUUGUAAACGUCGCCGUUCUGGAUAACCCAAGCCCGUUUGGAAAUCCGUUUCAGUUUGAAAUAACAUUUGAAUGCAUGGAGGAUUUACCUGAAGACCUGGAGUGGAAAAUCAUCUAUGUGGGUUCAGCUGAGAGUGAGGAAUAUGACCAGGUCCUGGACUCUGUUCUCGUUGGCCCGGUACCUGCUGGCAGACACAUGUUUGUCUUUCAGGCCGAUGCUCCCAACACAGGCCUGAUUCCAGAGAGUGACGCUGUAGGAGUGACAGUUGUCCUUAUAACCUGCACCUACCGUGGACAGGAGUUCAUCCGCAUAGGUUACUACGUUAACAAUGAAUAUACAGACCAGGAGCAACGGGAAAACCCACCUCUUAAACCUGACUACACUCAGCUCCAGAGGAAUAUUUUGGCUUCCAAUCCUCGUGUCACCCGCUUUCACAUUAACUGGGAUGGCUUGGCGGAUAAGAUGGAAGACAGUGAGAAUGUUGACCCAUCUCCCAACAUCACCAGCAUGCUCCCUCCAUCCUGUGUACCAGGAAAGAUGGCAUCUCUUGGACUGAUGCCAGACAACUCCAUGGACUGCAUGUAAGAAUCAUCACAUUAACAUAAUGACAAGGAGGCCAUGGAUGUAUCAACGAGAUGUGUGGACAGUCAAAAAGCAUGGACAUGACAGCAGGGACACAUUCUUUUUAUAUGUCAUCCAUGUAUAUAAUAGAUCUGGGAUAUUUACCAGUACUUUUCUCCCCUUUUCAACAAACAACCUCUGCCAGGACUGCCUGCCUUUUUGUUAUUUUUAUUUUUUUUUACCUUAUCUCUGUCUUAGGUUAUUUUAAAACUGAGACAUUUUGAGUCAUCAGGGUGUGGUGGUGGUGUUACAGGAAUGCCAAGUCCUCACAAACGCAGAGACUUGCAAGUCAUACUUGUACACCUUUAUGUUUUCUGCCAUAUUGAGCUCAGAUCUAUGAGAUAGACAGUGUUCAGUAUUUCAGGAUAGGUGUAGCUCUGGCUGUUCAUAAUCAAACAAUUCUUGUUCUGAAAGUCUGCAUCUUCUGACAUUAAUUAGUAGCACCAGGAGUGCCUGUGGAAACAAAUCAUGGGCCACGUUCAGUUUGUUGCAGCACGUACUUAGCUGCAGAGUAGAAGCGUGAUUAUGCACAUUUUUGCCCUUUAUUUGUCCAGAACCCACAAAUUCAAACAGGCCUCUGGUACAUAAAAAGUUUUCUAAAACGUUCAGUAAGACGUCUGUUUUGACAGUUGAGGCUCACUGUAAAUAAUGUUAACUUAGUACUUAUUUUGUCUUCAGGAAAAGAAGACCUUUUUUUUUCUUCGUUUUGUACUUGCUAUAUAAUCUCUGCCUCAAUAUUUGCUACAUACAGUGAUGGGGUUAAUAAAGUUUGGUUUUGGAA